AUGGCAAGGAACCUCCUUGCAGCUAUCAGUUCUAUGUCUCUUCAUGAUGACGAGCCAGUUGAUCUUCCCGACAGUCCUAGCUUCAGAGUUUUCGACGAAAACGCAAUCAGCCUCCUCGGCCGCCUCUUGAAUCCGGACUGUCAACCAAUGGACAAGAUGAUUGAGGAUAUGCCACGGGUCUGGAGGGUCUAUGAUCGUGUUCGAGGGAUUGCUCUAUCUCGUGACAAGUUCCAAUUUAUCUUUGAGCGUGAGGAGGACUUAGAGACGGUAUUAAAGGAUCGGCCUUGGUCGUACAACAACUGGACCAUGCUCGUCGAUAGGUGGAUUCCCUCUCCACCAUCUGAUUUUCUCACUACAGUGGAUCUAUGGGUGAGAAUUAGCCGGAUCCCUAUGAAUUAUUACAAGAUAGAUACAAUGAACUGGCUGGCUGAACGAGUGGGUAAGGUCUUGGAGAUAGCCUAUGAUCCCAAGGCGUCACAAAAGGAGACCUUCAUCAGAGCUUUGGUGAGGCUUAAUAUUGCUAAUCCGGCUAUUGCCUCCAAGAUGGUCAAUCUUCCCUCUGGCGGUCAAGUUGUGAUUGAGUACAAGUAUGAGGAAUUGAGAAAACAUUGCUUUCAUUGCCUCCGACUAACACAUGAGCGGCCGAUGUGUCCUUUCCUGCGGAGUAGAAUCCCACCAUCAAGUGCCGCUAAACCGCAACGUGAGCCUCCGAUCAAGAUUCCUGAACAAAGCCUCCAGAUUGUGCCGGCUCGAGUGGAUAGCCCCUCUGCCCGUAUCCUGAGAGUCAAUCAAUCUAUUGAACAAGACCGCCUUGAAGCCUCCUCUAAGAUGCCGAGAAUCUCCCACGACAUGGACAAAGGCAAAGGUCAUGUUUUUGGCUUUGAACGGCAGAGUUUGGCACUUAGACGUGGAAAUACUGGUUCCGGGAAAUCAAUCAUCUCGGACCCCUCUCCUAACAUCUCAGUUAAGGCUCUGGGUUCUCUUCCCAAUGACCAAGAAGGUUCGUCCUCGUCCUCUCCACUUGGCCCGACGGUUUUUCGUAUGGGUUACUCUUCGGAUAAUCCAUCUACCGGGGUCAAGAAUGGUGGAGCUAAAAGUAGGAGAAGACCUCAUAAGUGGAAAAGGCAAGCAAGGAACAGAUCAAGCAUUACUCCUUUGAUCCCUGCGGCACCAACUACCAUCCCUCUGCUUUCCUCCUCUGGGGACCAAGGUGAUCCGACCGUUGGGUGUGAAUCUGCCCUGAAAAGGAAAGCUCUUAUGAAUGCCGGAGAUCAUUCUUCCAAAUCUCUAAAACCCUCCAAACCUACGGUGGCUUCCGCUUUGAAGCCGCUGCCAUCCCAAUGA